AUGAAUGAAAAAUUAAUCUCAAUUUCUCGUUUCUUUUCAUUGCCAUUGAAGACUUCUUCGUCAAAUCGCGUUAUCGAAGCUAAAAAUGAAAUUAAAUCGCUUAACGAAUCGGUUCAAAUUUUAAUCAAAAUUUUUAAUAAAUAUAAAAAUAUCGAUCUUGAAAUUUCAAAAGGCUUUUUGGAACAAUUCUACUUUAUCUCAAAUGAAAUUAAGCUUCAUACUACCAAUAGAAUUGGUAAUGAGGAAUAUUACGAUUUUGAUGUUGAAAAAUUGGUGGAAACACAAGAAUUUGAGUUUUUGAUGGAUAAGCUAUACUUGAUUGUAAACUUUAAUUCGAACCACAUGACCAACGAAGAAAAUCAAGAAGAUGUGAACAUUAAAAAUAAAUUAAGAGAUUAUUUGCAAUCUUUGAGAGUUUUGACUAACCUCCAUACUACUAAUAGAAUUGGUAAUGAGGAAUAUAACGAUUUUGAUGUUGAAAAAUUGGUGGAAACACAAGAAUUUGAGUUUUUGAUGGAUAAGCUAUACUUGAUUGUAAACUUUAAUUCGAACCACAUGACCAACGAAGAAAAUCAAGAAGAUGUGAACAUUAAAAAUAAAUUAAGAGAUUAUUUGCAAUCUUUGAGAGUUUUGACUAACGUGCUGACCUUGAACAUUUAUAAGCUGAAAACUACUAGUAUUAAUGAUGAAAUAAUCAAUGAUUGGAAAGAGAGAAUAAAUGUAACAAAGAUCAUCGAUGUAUUGUUCUUUAAUAAAGAAAAUUUGGAUUUGGGCCACGAUAAUUUGGUAUCUUUAAAUAAUCCAAUUGAAAUUGUUGAUGACGAUAAUAAAAUCAGAAAGAAAAAACUUUAUAAAAAUAAAUUCGUGGCGGAACAAGAAAUUGGAUUCCUACCAAAUAGAAAUGACGUUAAGAAAUUGGAAAAUGAAUUGAUCAAAUUAAAAUCGCUUGAAAAAUGCCAAAAUAUUCUAAAAUAUACGAGCGUCCUGUUGAAUUUGUCACUUGAUCCAAUUCUUUGUGACUUUGGAUCUGUCAAAUAUGAAAAUCCCAUUCUUUUCAAAUCUACUAAAUAUCAACAAGAUUCAAGAUACACAGCACCAGAAGUCCUUAAGUCUGACAAUUCAACUUAUACAAGAUCAAGCGACGUCUACAGUUUUUCAAUAUUGCUAUGGGAAAUUGCUAUGCAAACUUUCCCAUUUGGUAAAAUAGAUUCCAAUUUAAUUAAAAACAAAAUUCUAAAUGAUAAUGAACGCCCUCAACCUAAUGAUUUUGACAAAAUGGAAGGAAUACCCAAAAAGUAUCACAAAAUAAUGAUACAAGGUUGGAAUUCGGAUGUUAAGAAACGACCAACAAUUGGCGAAGUUCGUAAAGAUUUGAUUGAUUGUAUCAAUAGUAAUGACGAAAAUAAUUAUGAUUUAACCAACACAUUAUCAGCGCCCCUCAUAUAUGAAAAUGUCAUUUUUUCCUUGAAUCAAGAAUUUAAUUUUUUAUGUGCUGCAACACAGUAUACUAUUUCAAAUAAUUGA